UAAGACCCAACUCUUCUAUAUAAGGAGCAAAGCAUAAGGCCAUAGCAAAUUAAAUAAGCUAUAAUGGGAGUCCAAAACUCAUUGGUUUUAUUCUUACUUCUUCUUGGGUCGUUGUACUCUAGCUUUUUAUUUGCAUCUGGUGCUUCUUCACUGGAUCGUACAAGUUUUCCGCCUGGAUUUAUUUUUGGUACUGCAUCUGCGUCUUACCAGUAUGAAGGAGCAGCAAGGGAAGGUGGUAGAGGACCAAGUAUUUGGGAUUAUUACACCCACAAAUACCCAGAGAAAAUAGCGGAUCGCAGCAAUGGAGAUGUGGCUAACGAUGAAUAUCAUCGUUACAAGGAAGAUGUUGGGAUUAUGAAAGAGAUGGGCUUAGAUGCUUACAGAUUCUCAAUCUCGUGGUCCAGAAUAUUGCCAAAUGGAAAGCUAAGUGGGGGAGUGAACAAGGAAGGAAUCAACUACUACAAUAACCUCAUUAAUGAGCUCCUUUCCCAUGGUAUACAACCCUUUGUGACACUAUUCCAUUGGGAUCUUCCCCAGACAUUAGAACAAGAGUAUGGUGGAUUCCUAAGUCCUCGCGUUGUAUCACAUUUUAGAGAUUAUGUAGAGACAUGUUUUAUACAUUUCGGUGAUCGAGUUAAAUAUUGGAUCACACUAAACGAGCCAUGGACCUAUGCCAAUGGUGGCUACGCGUCUGCCUCUUUAGCUCCAUAUAGAUGUUCAGCUUGGCAACAACUCAAUUGUACUGGCGGAGACUCUGCCACUGAGCCAUAUUUAGUUGCACACAACCUACUUCUCUCUCAUGCAACCGCGAUCAACUUGUACAGGCAAAAAUACCAGGCCACUCAAAAGGGUAAGAUAGGGAUCACACUAGUAUCACAUUGGAUGGUGGCUUACUCUUCUGCUAGGCAUCAACAAAAUGCUGCCCUUCGAGCACUCGAUUUCAUGUUUGGAUGGUUUAUGGAUCCCAUAAGUAAUGGUGACUAUCCCCACUCGAUGAGAUCUCUAGUCGGAAAUCGAUUGCCGAAAUUCACAAGAGAGGAAUCGAAGAUGCUAAAAGGGUCAUUUGAUUUUCUUGGGUUGAACUACUACACUGCAAAUUAUGCAGCCUAUGUGCAUACUGCCAAUAAUGCUGUGAAUGUUAGUUAUUUGACCGAUGCUCGUGCUAAUCUUUCAACUGCGCGUAAUGGGAUGCCCAUCGGUCCAAAGGCUGCUUCUGAUUGGCUUUAUGUUUAUCCAAGAGGAAUUCGAGAUAUUUUGCUCUACACAAAGAAAAAGUACAGCGAUCCACUAAUCUACAUCACUGAAAAUGGGAUUGAUGAGUUGAAUGAUGCCACAUUAUCGCUGGAGGAAGCUCUUAACGACACGAUGAGGAUUGAUUACUACUCGCGCCAUCUUUCUUUCCUUCGAAGAGCCGUGGUUGAGGAUGGUGUGAAGGUGAAAGGAUAUUUUGCAUGGUCAUUGUUGGACAACUUCGAGUGGAGUUCAGGUUACACCGUACGAUUUGGUAUCAACUAUGUUGAUUACAAAAACGGCUUGAAGAGAUAUCCCAAAACUUCAGCACAUUGGUUCAAGAACUUUCUCAAAAAAUAGAUAUUAUAUUCUCGUCAUUAUAUAUAAAUAUAUGUGCAAACUUUAAUUUAUAAGUAAUGUAACAUUAUUAAGAAAGAUUGCUCUAUGUUAUAAAGUUAAAUAAAGUAGACAUGUUGUCUAUGUAUAUGUACUAUUAAGUAACAUAUAUAAAUGCAACAAUUCGUAAGAACUGAAAGAUUUUUCAAA